CGUUCCUCCAAUCCCCGCAUAUUGCCAGAUCAGUCUCUUCAUACAUCAUUUCAUCCUCCCCACUCACACAUCAUUUCCAUCAUGUUUGCCCUCCGUCGCACUGCUCUUCCUGCCUUUUCCUUGGCUCGUACUUAUGCCACCAGCGGUAACGUUUCUACCCUCUUGUUGGUUGAGCACAAGGACAACAAGGUUGCUGCUUCGACCUUGAACGCCCUCACAGCUGCUUCCAAACUUGGCGGUUCCAUCACUGCUCUCGUUGCCGGUAAUGCUCCCGACACUGUCGUUAGUGAGGUCGCAAAGCUGUCUGGUGUCUCCAAAAUCUUGGUCGCCAAGAGUGAUGCCUUCACACAUGCCUUGCCUGAAUCUCAUGCCACCCUCUUGGUCGAAACUCAGAAGAAGCAUGGUUUCACUCACUUGGUUGCCUCUCACUCUGCUUUUGGCAAGAAUGUCAUGCCUCGUGCUGCCGCCAUUCUCGAUGUUGCCCAGGUUUCUGACAUCACUGGUGUCGAGAGCGCCGAUACCUUUGUCCGUCCUAUCUAUGCCGGUAACGCUAUUGCAACUGUCAAGUCUAACGAUGGAAUCAAGGUCAUUACUGUCCGUAACACUGCCUUCCCAGCUGCUGGUCAACAGGACUCUGCUGCCUCUCAAGAGGAUGCUCCCUCAAUCUCUGCAGACAAGAACUUGGCCGAAUUUGUCAGCGAGCACAUGCAAAAGUCUGACCGUCCUGAACUUGACUCUGCUACCCGUGUUAUUGCUGGAGGCCGUGGCAUGAAGAAUGGCGAGAAUUUUGGAAUGCUUUAUGAAUUGGCUGACAAGAUCGGUGCUGCCGUUGGUGCUUCCCGUGCUGCCGUCGAUGCUGGAUAUGUUGACAACUCUCUUCAGAUCGGUCAAACCGGAAAGAUUGUUGCCCCUGAGCUCUACAUCGCUGUUGGUAUUUCAGGCGCCAUUCAGCACUUGGCUGGUAUGAAAGAUUCCAAGACGAUUGUUGCCAUCAACAAGGACCCAGAGGCACCCAUCUUCCAGGUUGCUGACUAUGGUCUUGUCGGCGAUCUGUUUACUGCUGUGCCUGAGUUGACCAAGAAGUUGUAAAUAUAAGAAAGAGGACUGGGAUUGUUAGACAUAAAUUAAAGAUAAGGAAGGAGAAAAUAAAAUGGUUGGACCUGUUAUAGAUUAUUCACUUACAAAUCUUUGCAUACAACCAUAUUGAAUGAUACGCGGAUCAAAUCCAAAAGAUUAUUAAAGAGGACGGUUGGAUGAAUAUUAUGGAACUCUUGGCCUUCUGAAUCCUCGCCAUGUGCAAUCUCAUAGAAAGUUAAAAUCGAAUUAUUA